AUGGGCGCGAAUAUUGAAGGGACCACGGAGUCUGGCGCUACUGCCUUGCACAUAGCAACAGGCUGUGGCGAAACCAAAAUUGUAACAUACCUCCUCGACCUGGGAGCUGACUUUACUGUCACACCCUCCACUGGCCGUACGCCACUACACACUGCCGCUAUGUUAGGGAGCGAGGAAAUGAUCGAAGUGCUUCUUAGACACAGCGACGCAAACAUAGAGGCAAGAGACAACCUGGGCCAUACGGCACUAACGCUUGCCGCAUAUUUCACCAAACCAGACGCCGUGCGACUCCUGGUGAACAGGGGAGCGUCCGUGGAUGCUAGGGACAACAAUGGAAACUCUUCGCUUCACUGGGCCGCCCUGAAAGACUCACCGGAACUAGUGCGGUUCCUCGUUGACCACAACGCUGGUGUCGAGGCUCGAAACUCCAAGCAGCAGACACCUCUAUUUGUAGCCAUCAUGAAGGGCAAUAUAACGAUUGCGCGUCUUCUGGAAGAUUUACAUGCGGACCUCCGAUCUGUGAAUCCUUGGGGAGGCAUGCUACACGCGGCUGUAAAUUCCGCGAACAGGUCGAUGGUGCAGUUUUGUCUGAGGCGCAGGUACGACAAGGAGGCCAGGAAUGCAUGGGGCCAAACUCCGCUGAGUCAAGCAGCUGAAUAUGGCUACCACGAGAUCGUCGCUCUCCUUCUAGACCAUGGCGCAGACUCGGAGGCAGAGGGGCGCUUCAAGUCGAAGGAGCAAUGGAGACCGUUGCACUACGCUGCACACGGCGGCCACGAAGCUGUUGUGGAGAUCUUGCUCCAGAGAGGCGCCGACCCGACAGCCGAAGACAUGUACGGACGACGUGCCCAGUACUUUGCCGAGAGGAAGGGCCUCGACUCGCUGGCCGCCGUCCUCAGGGACAGUAUGCCCAUCAGCAAGAAGACGUUGCAGCUUUCAACCUCCCACGAGGUCAACGUGUUCGUUGAUUGGUCCCGGAAAGGACACGUGGAUUUGGUUAAGAAAAUGCUCAAACAAGGCGUCAAUGUCAACUCCAUGGACGUAGACGGCCAGAGGGCCAUCACUGUAGCCGCACAAUCCGGCCACGACCUCGUUGUAGGAUUUCUGAUCAACCAAGGAGCUGACCCGAACUCGAAUGAUGCAAAUGGUCAUUCCGCUCUUUGGUGGGCAUCUCGUCAUGGCCACAAAAGGAUAGUCCGGCGAUUACUGGCUCAAGAUGUUUCGGCAGACUCGGCAGAUGAAGAUGGCCAGACGACGCUCUCUGCAGCAUCCCAGGGCGGUUUCGAAGAGAUUGUGGACAUGUUGCUCAAAAGGGGUUGUAACGUGAAUGCAGCCACAUUAUAUGGCAAGACGCCUUUAAUGUUUGCCUCCACGCAAGGUCACUGUGGUGUUGUGGAGCAGCUCAUCGAUGCAGGCGCUGACAUAGAAUUUCAGUCGCCAAAGGGCGACACGGCGAUUUCUCUUGCCAGAUCAAAGGGUCAUAACAAGGUUGACGGCCAAACGGCUCUUUGUCAUGCUGCACGUGGGGGCGAGACUGCCACCGCUCGUCUGCUUCUCGAGCUGGGUGCAGAUGUUAACGGCCAGGACAAGAACGGGGGGACUGCGUUGUCUUGGGCCGCCAAGCAAGGACAUGACGGUACCGUUGACGCCUUGUUAGAGUUUGGUGCCAGGAAAGAAAUCAAGGACGAGAAUGGGCGGACAGCUCUGGGCCAUGCCGUACAGGCACGACAUCAGACUGUGGUUGUCACGCUUCUCGACGAGGGUGCCAACAUCAACAGCGCAGAUCUCAGAGGCUGGACGCCACUCACUGUCGCCGUCCUUGCCGAUGAUGGCCAGCUGGCAAGCUUGCUUCUGGAAAGAGGGGCCUAUAUGAGUUCCGAAAUGGACACGAACUACUCACAACUGUGCCUAGCAUCACGUCGCGGGAACACACGGCUCGUCGAAUUACUCCUGGAGCAUGGCGCGGACGUAAAUCAUCUUUCUGACAACCGGGAGACUCCCCUUAUCAUGGCAGCGCAGCUUGGUCAUGCAGAAGUAGUCCGAUCACUCAUCGAGAUGGGAGCCAAGCCUGCACUGAAAGACGACUACGGACGCACAGCCUUAUCCCAUGCAAAAGAGAAUGGACAUGAGUCGGUAAUAGCGCUGCUGUGCCGAGCCAGGCAUAUCCGUGUCGAAAACGAAAGGGCGUUGGAGAAGAAGCAACUGGACAAAUUCAACCAGAGAAGGCAGUUUCGAUAUACUCCUUUGUCACAAGGCUUUAUACGUGUCCUUGAGCUUCACCCUGGCAAGUCGAACGACAUCAUUUCUUUCGACUUUGCAAUCGCUCAGCUCUCCAAGGAUCCAUCUUUUGAGGCAUUGUCAUAUGAGUGGUUAGAAAAAAAGGGAAGUGUGCCUGUCCAGUGUGCCGAUGACCGAAUUCUCGUGACUCCCAAUUGUGCUGCGGCACUGCGAAGUCUCAGGUCGGAAUCAGAGUCAAGGGCUCUUUGGGUCGACGCUAUUUGCAUUGACCAAGAGAAUAAGGAUGAAGUCAACGAUCAGGUCGCGAUGAUGACUGACAUCUAUCGAAAGGCCAAGAACGUUAUCAUGUGGCUCGGAUCGAUCGAGGGGAGAGUCCAAUCCUUCCGCGAAGUCUUCGCUAGCCUUCCUCUGCUCUCAAAAGCUCACAAGAAACUUCGUCCAGAUUUGAAUGACUCUGCAGGCAUGUUUGCGCUCCGGAUCGAUGAAAACAACGAAGCUAAGCAACUCGUCACUGAGGCGCUCAAGUCGAAGACUGUCGUGGACGUCUUGGACGCGAUUUAUUCCGCGUCAUACUUCAGUCGAGCAUGGAUCCUGCAGGAGAUCAUCUUGGGCGGCUCGCGGGGGAUUGUCGUCUGGGGCACAUUAAGCUGUACUUGGGAGGCCUUCAAGAAGGCACUCCUUGUCUUCGCACUACAUAAAACUGCGACGUACAACCGCACUUUUAUGGAUAUCGUCCUACUCGACUUCGAGUUUUCCACGUACGGCAAGGUCGAAUUGACGAGGAUUAUCGCCGCACUAGCACGAUUUCAGGCCACGGACGCGCGGGACAAGGUCUUUGCAGCUCUGAGGUUAGGAUCAAUUUCUGCGGCAAUUACCGCGGCUCCCCGGCAGCGAAAACCCCCUGUUGCCAACUACAAACUCAGCGUCCAAGAUGUGUACGUCGAGGCAGCUUGCUACUAUGUGGAUGUCGAGCACAAGAUGCCGUGGUCUCUUGGAAACCGCCCCAGUAAAAAGGUUAUUGCCGGGCUGCCGUCAUGGGUACCAGACUUCUCGAUGUCUGCAGAAGCAUCAGGUCUAAAGAGGGCGUUAUCAUCAUCGGAUACCAAUUUUGGGGACCUGAUCGACGGGCAGCCAACAGCAAGCUUGAGCUCAAUUCGUGUACACGGCUGUAUACUAGACGAGGUCGUCUACAAGUUCUCCAUCACCAAGGAUACAGAUGUAUUUGACGUCCUGCUCGGCGUCGUCAAGACACUGGCGGAACUGGGGCACGGCCUGUAUGACGCUUGCGCUGGGCCGUUCCUCGAGGAGGGCAGUGUGGAGGAUAUUUCCGGUUCUUGCUGUGAGGCUCUACUCAGAACCCUCCUCGACAAAUACGGAGAGGAUCCAGAGUGUGAUAUGAAGAUCUUUACGUUCCUUGCGUACAAACUCUCCGCGUGCGAAGAAACACCCCUAGCUUCCCGAAAUGCACCUGAAGGAUUGAGGUCGAAGGUCGAGGUAUGGCAAGAAGAAGCCGAAAAACAUGAGGGCUUCGACCUCAGCAUUUACGAGAUGAUCGAAGACAAUCUGAGCCCUUUCGCCUCAGAAAUCGAGUCCUAA